ACUUGCGAUAUUGCCAUCCUGCUCUUGUGCCGAUUGGCAUUGACGAACAAGUCUACACAACUUGAGCCAAGAGAAGUAUGAUCAUUGGGGACAUGGAAUCUUAAGAAUGUUUUUAUCUUGACCAAACUCCCUCGAUGAUAUGGGAAGCCGCCGGCCAAGUGACGGCGCCCUAUCUCAGCUACUACUGCUUACACUCCGCAUCCCCUCCGCCAAAACGCGAACCAGCCUUUCCCAUACGCAGACGCACAAGGAAGAGACGCCGGCGCAAGCACAGACUCGUAGAGUAUGUGGGGGGUGUGAUCCCUCUGCCCCCCUCCGUCCGAAGGGUGUGCAUAGUGAACUUGUCAAAAGACAUGCGACUUGCGCCCUUCUGAUGACACGACCCAUUGUAAUCCCGGUCUGGCGAGCCAACCAUUGGUGACUCCGACUUGGACGCUUCCUCGAACGCCAGAAUCCAUCUGGCUUGAUCCGAUCUACUGAGCGAGGGAAGGAUAGAGCUUUUGAAUAAAAGAUUUCAUCGCCUAGAACUCG